GAUGUUGAAAAGCCCCUCCCCCUCUCUCUUUCUCCAACAACGCACACUGCAGGUAAAAUUCGCAGAAGGAUCCACCGUUCCUCUCUUUCUAUCUCUUCCGCCCCCAAAAUCUUAGGGUUUCCACAAAUCAACAACAAAGGCAAAGGCACAUCCAAACUGAAGAGUUUCAAAGUUGGAUUCCACAGCCACCCACACUGAUCCCGGAAGCCCCAUGAGAUAUCGGUGAUUGGAUCGGACAAUGGCGGCGCCGAGGAAUGUGACGGCGACGAGGGACGAAGAGAAAGGGGAGGACGACGACUCACCCUCCGCCAAGAAACCCAAAUCGGAGAAAUUUCCACUCAACAGUUGGGAAUUCUUCGCCGCCGUCACCGUCUUCUUCGUCUUCUCCACUGGUCUCUUCUGCAUUUACCUCACCAUGCCCCCUGCUGCUUACACCAACCUCAAGCUUCCCCGCACCCUCUCUGAUCUUCGCCUUCUCAAGGAACAUCUUUCGACGUAUGCGAAAAAGCACCCUGCACAGUUUAUUCUUGGAUACUGCUCUACCUACAUCUUCAUGCAGACUUUCAUGAUUCCGGGGACAAUCUUCAUGUCCCUCUUAGCUGGGGCACUUUUCGGAGUUGUACGAGGAAUCAUGUUGGUUGUUUUCAAUGCCACUGCUGGAGCAUCUUCCUGUUUCUUUUUGUCUAAGUUAAUUGGAAGGCCUUUGGUUUCUUGGCUGUGGCCUGAAAAGCUUAGGUUUUUCCAAGCUGAGAUUGCAAAGCGUAGGGAUAAGCUGCUGAAUUACAUGCUUUUUCUAAGGAUAACUCCGACAUUGCCAAAUCUGUUCAUCAAUUUGGCAUCUCCGAUUGUUGAUGUUCCGUUUCAUAUAUUCUUUUUCGCAACCUUGAUUGGUCUUAUUCCGGCCUCUUAUAUUACCGUCAGAGCUGGCCUUGCUCUUGGGGAUCUGAAGUCAGUUAAGGAUCUAUAUGAUUUUAAGACAUUAUCAGUACUUUUCCUCAUUGGUUUUGUUUCCAUAUGUCCAACACUUCUGAAGAGGAAGCGAGUAUAUGAAUGAAGUUGUGCUGGAUCUACUCGCUUAAUCCUUUUUGUCAAAGCUAAGUUACGUAAUCUUAUUAGAUGGUGAAGGCAGUGAAUCAGAGUAGGUAAAAAUUUGAGAAAAAUUUCAAUGAGAAAGGAUGUUUGGUUAUCAAUUAAAACUCUGGUAUAUGCUCCAUUUUAUUUUCUUCUGGAGCCCAAGUUUUCCAUUUUCUUUUUGAUUGUGUGGAGAGUAAGGGUGACUUAGCUUUGUGGGGGAUCAACCAAUCCAACUACGGCUAAACGGGGCUUUUGUUGGUGCACUUAAAUUACUCACAAUGUUGCUUUGAUGGCAUCAGGAAGGAUGUGGUGAUUGUUUAACUAUGCUGUAUGCAUACGUGUCUUACACCAUAUAGCAACUGACUUUUACUCUGUAUUAUUUAUUCAGUAUAAGAAUAGUAGAGAAUUUCAAUCAUUACUCUU